CAUGGCGGCUGCAUUGAGCUUUGGUAAGUACUGUGUGAAAUAACUGUUGUCUUUCGAUUCAAUUUAUUAUGGAAUGCAAAGAAAUUUGCAGUUUAAAAAGUAGUUCUUGGUUCAAAUUUUAUUGCUUAAAAUUUCUGUGGUUUAAUCUGCAGGUUCCGUGCCCGCCUACUAUCGGGAAGUUUAUCAGAUAGCAUGCCCGAACCAAGAGGAGAGAAUCGAGCGCGACAUGUUCGUGAAGAUCUUGGUAAAGUCAAGUCUUCCCAAACAGUCUCUGAGCCAGGUGAGUUUUAAGGAGUUCUUAAAGUAUAAUGUGAAGGCAAUUGGCUUACUUAAGUAAGUUGGUGAAAGGCAGGGGUCGACGUUCCAAGAACCCUCUCCCAGCUGGGGAGCAGGCGCGCACUCGUUGGUCUCAGACAGGGAAAAAGUUGUUCCGCUCGCAGUACUCGCAAAUACAUUCGCGUCAUCUGACUUUGCUUUUUGUUUUGGAGAUUGUUGUUUAUCUGCGCUUGAUCAGUGCCGUUAUGAUUCCUUAAAAGUAUUCAGUGAAUAUAUUUUUGUUUGUUUUCAUUCCUGCAUUUCCUGAAAUUACAUGCGCGAUGCGUACUUGUAAAUAAGCAUACAAACACGAGGUAUUGGUAUUUAAUGACAUAUUUAGGCGCUGCUAAUAACGAUCUUUGACAGGUCCAGUCGCUAAUAACUCUAUAAUCAAGCUGAUAAAUACAUUUUCAGAUCAUUAUUUUUUGACUGCACCUGUUUUACAUGAAAUGAUUACUAAUUAGGCGGUAUGGGUCUCGGCAGGAUGUGGGGUCUACUUAAGCCAAUUACACCCUCGUACUACUUGUGACAUCAUCAGUUUUAACUGAUGUGGACAGCUUUGACACCUAACUUGUGUAGGGGGAAGAAAUUUUUCAAACCAGAAUGAGCACAAUGAAAUCAAACACGCUAGAGAAAAAUGCAAAAAAACUAUCUAAAGUUGAUGUAGCCUGCGUAGCUGGCGGUAUUUUUUUUUUGUGUGGGUGCGAGAUUAAAGUUUUGGCGGCGGAGCUGUGUUCCAAAAAAAAGGAGUAGGGACGAGGCGGUUGAAAUACCGCCUGCCAGAAAACCCCGGUAUUUUGAAUGGUCCGCACACCAGUGUGCGGGGAAACGGAUUGGUCGAGGGCCAUACAUAUGUCAAUCAUGUUAGAUGAGCCUUCGCAUAUAUUUCCCAAUUUAGGGAGCAGAUGGCAAACUGGAAAAGACGUACAUGUAAAGUGAUUGUGAUUUCCGCUUUAGAAAGAGCAUAAUUGAUGACCAAAUUGCCGAAAUGACGUCUUUAAACUUCACAGCGCUGGAAUUGUCUUAAUUUAGCCAUAAAAAAGAAGGGUCAAAGAAAAUUAAAACACUUUACAACUGCAUCUGAGAUCAAAUCCUAUCAGGAACACCUACAGAAGAAUAAACCACCAGAAAUGGUUACUCAGUAUGCGUGUAACAAACCAGCUUCAUGACCUUUUAAUGUUAAGCCUAGUGUUGCAAAAAAAGAUUUACUCAGUCAAAGUUUAGAAUGAUGCAUGCACUGUGUAGUGCUAGUAACCUUCGAGCGAGAGCCGAGAAAAUAAAAAAAACCUCUGUUCAAGCAAACUCACAAGGUCACGUUUCACAUUGGCAUGAGCUUAGGAGUCGUGUUUAGCCUGUCAACGCUUAUUUCUAAACUGUCUCGCGCGAAAAUAAUCGGAAGUUUCAAAUUGCAGGUUUCUCUUUGAUUGGCUGAUUUAAUUGGGAUCAGCUAACGUGACAAAAGUGGGCGGCAUUCGAAAAAUCAUGGUUCUCUGGCAGGCGGUAUUUCUUGCGGCUUCACCGCUCGUGACGGCUCCGCCAUCAAAUCUCACUCGACUAUAUUACAACGGCUCCGCCGCUAAAUCUCACUUGACUACUACACAAUACCGCCAGCUACGCAGGCUAAAGUUGAUUCAAAAUUUCAAUGAAAUUCUUUUUCCACCACUCAACUACACUUGCAUAAAUCUAAUCUUGAAUAUGAUUAUAACAGCUGUUUUUCCAAAGACUUUUCUAGCCAAAAUUAAGCGUAGAAAAUCCGAGCAAAUGAAAGAAAAAGGAAAAAAUGGGGCAAGAAAAGUGAAAGAAGUGAGAACGAAUGUUUUCUGGGUCAAAUGCGUCAAUGAGUCAUGAGUCAUGAGUCAAUGAGUCAGUGAGUGAGAUCUUAAAACAAUAAAAGUUUCCGUAGAACCAAUAAAAUAGGCAUUACUUUUAUUUAUUUUGUCGACUUGCUUCAUUGCUGCCUGCACUUGCAAGGCCUACUUCUGACAUGAAAUCUCAACCUGGGCUGUUUGUUAGCAGUAUCCCAGGCCCUGCUGCUAUUACUACGUGCAUGCCCCGAAGAAUAGCCUUCCCAGACACCCUUUAAGAACCAUUUAAACCAUCAGACAAUCCAUACUACUAGAGGUUUCAUACCAGAAGUGAAGUGCUGCCCCAAGGUUGUUCAUAUUAGUUGAUGCACGAGUGUUAAACAGGCGAGCUAAUGUAAAUAAUGAAUGCCCAAAGAUUUUAAUCAAUCAACGAGCCUUGAAAGCUAUUUAAAAUUACAAUGGGUAUACGGUAAUACCUCAAUAAUAAUUAAUCGUACACUGUAUUUUUCUAAUAACAAACACUGACUGUGUACAACUGUCCGACUCGCUGUUUCAUACCCCUCCUUGGGCAAAUUACAAUAUAAUUUGUUCAUCUCGUAGCAUAGGCAAGUAAAACUGAUUGGAAAAAGUAGUGAACUACAUUGGGAAGAUUGUCUACUGAAAAGUACUCUGCUAUUGAUUGUUGCAGCGGACGCUUUAACACAUAAAUUUUCUGUCCUGGAUCGUCUUUAGUGUGUUCAUGAUCCACAGCAGUCCACGGUAUGAAAGAACAUUGUAUUCCCCCUGUUUCCUCGCUAAGACCUAAUGACUACUUCCCGGAAUACUUAUCUUUACACCAGAAUGACAAGCUAAUGAGUAACAUAGCGAUACAGAUAUAAAAAAAGAACCUUCCUUCGCACUCGUGACCGAUUUUCUACUUCAAACCGAGCCCAAACAUCAACACAACAAAUGUCAAAGAACGAGUAUUCCCAGAUUUGAGUCUUUGAGCUCUAAGUAAUUCCAUAAUAGGUUUAUAUAUCUCAAUUUACUGUUUGCUUUAAGUGCUGUGUUCAAAGGGAAUUAAAGACUUUCUUUGGUAGCACUCACAAAAUUUAGGCUAGCUUAUUAUUCGCUUCUGCUACGUGGUAGGGCCUGGGAAAUGCUAAGAAACAGCCGAGGAAGAGAUUUCAUGUCAGAAAUGGGCCUUGCGUGUGCAGGCAGCAAUGAAGGAAGUAGACAAAAUAAGUAAAUGUAAUGCUUAAUUUUAUUGUUUCUACUGAAACUUUUAUUUUUUCAGAUCAGACUCCUUGACUCAUUGACUCAUGACUCAUGACUCAUUGACUCAUUUGACUCAUUGAUACUUUACACUCGAAAGAAGUGGAAGAGAGAAAGCAAAAGGUCGAAAUUAAGACUUAGUGUCACUUGAGGUAAACCCAAAAACGUAAUAGAAAUUUUGUCUUCUAAAUGGCUUGGUCUCAUGGUUUGGUUGUGUGGUUGUCAGGAUUGGACAUUGGCGCUCGCCCAGGCAAGUUUCAAAAUGGUCUGGCGAGUACAAAUCAAGGAUCACUAGCCCUUUUUGGCGAGUACAGUUUUCAUAUACACAGUAUAUUUGUUCCAAAUUAACGUCACUUUUCACUUUCCACUUGGAAGUAAUCCUCAAGCCAAAAGCUUACCAUUCUAAAAAGUCCGUCAACACUGGUUGGUAUUUUUUAAAAGCGGUUCAUAGACCAAAUGGCCUCUGCUUUGAUGAUUGUUACAUGAAGGAUGAACUCGUACAAAGUAAUACCUCCAGUCAUUAAAUACACUGCGUUGUCUACGGAGCUUCAAAACGCGGGUAAACGGUUCUUCUCCACUGCUUUUAGUGCAUAAUUUCAACACUUUGCUUGAGGUACACAAGUGUGUUGACAUUGUUUGCUGGAAUUAAGGGGACGGUGAGUGAACUUCCAUGCAGUAAGGAGAGGGCAAUUUUUUUACAGAGGAGACUUUGAGCAAGUCAAAACUGAUCUUGGGGAGUGUAAUUUGAAUGUCACUGGCCUUGAUGGCAAGUACUCCAAAAUUUUUGUUUCCAACCCUGGGUUCUGCCAGCCAUGGUGGCAUUAUUCAGUCUAGAGGCUGGCUGCCAAAAGUGGAAGCCUCUGCUUUUUUUGGGUCCCUAACUUUCAUUGAUGCAGUUAUUAAACUUUGAUUUCGGACCCUCUGAGAGUGAGAAUAAUAAUAGUCAUAGUAUAAAUGAUUUUUUGUUCAUUUAUUUAUAUGCGGCUAAAUUUUAUUUAGGCUAAGUUAACCUCGAGCCAAUGCAGCCAGCAGUGUCCCCGUAUUAGCAUGCGUGACAUGCGGGGUGGCCCACUUAGGUUUUCAGGGCCGCUAUCAUUUUGCACUAUUUUGCAAGCUAUUCUAGCUGAUCGUUGCGGAUCACCUUGUUGCUUUGUGCUGGCGAAUCUUGGCGGAUUCUUGCUCCCUCUCCUCCCUCCCUGCUGUCAUGUGGGGGUGUGCAGGUAAGUAUGUGGGUAAGUAUUUUCCACUGAGUACCCUCAGUGUGACGGUGCCAGUUAGCGGCUGCUGGCAGGGGUGGUUCCCGCUUCCAGGGUUGCCUGGUUACCUCCUUUGCCGUAUUUUUCACAGUUGGCCUCCCCGCUAACCUUUUAGGCACCAGUUCCCAAGCUCAUCAAUUGGCGAUGAGUUUAACUUUAUAGUAACAGCGUGCAAAGAAAGUCGUGUCCGAUAGCCCGGGGCUAGUGGAUUUUGCUGUCGGGCCAGUGACUUUUGUUCUUAACUUGCCCGACGGGCAAGUGCUGCUUUGAGGGGAAAUUCAAAUUACAGAAGGAUUGUAAUCAAUCCUGCUAAUCAAAAAGGGUUUUCGGGCUAGCUUAAAUGACUUGUGGGCUAGUACAUGCUAGCUACAGCUUGCCCGAAUGGCAGGCUGUAAAAACUGACUUUCUUUGCACCCUGGUAAUAUAUUUUAUUAUAGAUUUGGGAGGCUGUGGAUCCUAGGCAAGAUGGGUAUGUAACAAGAGAUGGCUUGUACAAAGCACUGGCAUUAACAGCUCUUGCACAGCAAGGAAAAAGUAUAUCUGACAAAGCACUGGAACAAUUUAUUGAUACAGGUAAAGGAAUGGCAUGUCUGUAACUCAUUAUUUUAUACACAUUACAGGUAUCUAACUAAUGAGUUUUGAGCUGAGUUUUUUUUCAUCACCCAAAGGCAUCAGUUAGUUUCCAAGGGCCACUGGAAAUUGCUUGAGUCACCUACAUACCCUAUAUACCUGAUUCAAAUGACAGUUGCUUUGGGCAAUAGGCAAUUAUAUACCAGGGCCCAGUUGUUCGAAGGCCAAUUAGCACUUAACCCAGGGUUAAAUUUAACCCGCGUUUCUAUUUCUUGUGUUCAAAAGCAUUUCCUCAGAUAAUUUUCUCUUUUAUUUUUAGAGCUUCUUAUCAUCAACUUGUAUACAAAAAGAAUUAAAACUGAAAUGCUUUUUAAGCUUUUAAAUCUGAAUGCAAAUCUCACACUAACCCUGGGUUAUCUUAACCCAGUUUUGAACAACUCAGCCCAGGAAGCUAUUGUUUGUCGGUCACUCAAGCAAAUCAUUACAGUGAGUUCCAUAUGACCAAUUGCCAAUGAUCUGCUGCCAAAGCAACCUUUAUUUGUUAGAUGGCUACAAGUUUACUAGUGUCUGUAACUAUUCUGUGCUGCCCUCUUUAAAUAAAGUGUAUGUUCUGCAAUUGGGGUAGGAUUUAAUGGAGCCGAAACCAAUUGUGGAAUUGCAUGCAUUUUAGGCAUCCUACUGAUGAACAGUUGCGACACGUAGAUAUAUAUUUUUUAGCAACUUAGAUAAUUUGCAGUCUGUCUACUUUGAAUUAUUAUUAUUAUUAUUAUUAUUUCUGUUUUAUUGAAUCAGGUAUAUCUGUUUUAUUGUUAUUUUGUUAUUAUUUUUAUUUUACUUUAUCAUCAUCAUUUUUUACUUUACCUGCAGAGUUACCAAAGCCUUCAUUGGGAGACUUGUCUGAUUUGAAAACUCUCAGUGUGCGACAGAGACGUGAAAACAACCCCAAUGUACUGGGAUAUAACUAUGAUGAACUUGUUGGUCUAGAUACAGUUAAUGUUGAGCUUGUACCAGAAAAGAAGGGAAUCAUCUUGAAACACAAUGAAUAUCAUGUCUCCAGUAAGGUGAGGAAGACGAAAAAUGCCGUCAAUAAUGAUUAUUAUGAUUUUUUAUUCUGUUCUGUGUUUUGAUUUGAAACAGAAACUGAAGGAGUGACAGAGAUUACAACUAGUAAAAGACCUUUAAGUGGUACCAGAAACUCAUAAGUUUCUGGUGGUACUUUAGAUGAAUGGUUUUAACGUAGUUUCACUAAUUUCAAAGAAGAAAAAACUGGAAUAUUUGAUUGUCAAUCAAAAUACAGAGUAGAAAGUUGUACUCGAUGAGGACUUCUCUUGAAUAAGGGUGGCAGGGCUAUAGAGGACAUGCCACACUGGCCAUUUGAUGAGUGUGAUGGACAAAAUAUUUUUGGUGGGAAAAUCUGAGAUAAGACUGAAAUAUCUUGUGUGCAUAAAAUUUUCAUUGUUCAUUCAUUGUUUGCUAGAAUAAGAGAGUAAGCUAUGCUUAUGAGAAACCAUCAUUUUUUGAUGUGCAAGGGGGUAUGCAGAGACAUCACCAAUCUUUCUGUAGAGUGGUGGAUUCAGGCUGUAUACAAAUGUUUUGACCAUUUCCCUUAUAGUACCUUCUCAGUAAACUUACAGGCCAAGCCUUGGCCUUGUACAUGUAAGAACAAGUGCGCCAUGAACCAUUGUCUCCUAUCAAGAAGCUGAUGUGCAAAAAUAAUGGUUUUCAAAACUUGCUAAUUUUACUGAUGGUAGUAUUGUCCAAUACACUCUUUUUGUUUCAGAGGCAUAACUGUACUGUCAAUCGACGUUACAAUGACUUUGUUGCAUUCCAUGACAUGCUGUUAUUGCGGUUUCCAUAUCGUCUUAUCCCUACACUUCCUCCUAAGAAGCUCAUGGGUGGUAGGUUCUUAAGAUUUCAUCAUUCUCUUUUGUGACUGUCCAGUUUAUUAAAUGAAAUCAGGGUUGUGAUUAAGUUUUUUGAAUGUUUAUUUUGAAGCAGGCGUAGCAAAUGAAGAAUCACCCGUAUCAUCUCACAUAAAAUUUAUGGUGUUUAGUUAGCUUUCCACUUCCAUCACUCAUAACAGGUAACAGGAGUUAUGGGUAACGCCCCUUAAUUACACUCUGUUCCUUAAAGUUCCCAUAAAAACCUUACCAGAUUAAUGAGUUUUUUAAAUGUUCACCUUGUAAAGAGUUUUUUUACAUUGCAGUGAGAUAAUGACCAACUCAUACAAAAAAAUGAAAAUGCAAAAUGGAAGAAAGAGUUGUUACAUGUAAAUGUGCUGACUUUCACUUGUAGUACAAUAAUUUUCCAGCUGAUUUGAUCACUUCAUGUUUAUUAUUUAAGCCUUACAGGUGCAUUUUAUAAGUCAUGUAGACCCUGUCUCAUAGAAUUAUUAUAUCACAUGUGAGAAGCAAAAUACCGACAAGGGAAACUAGCAGAAUUCAACUGUAUUUUGUUGGGAUGGAGAGAAUCAGUGAGCAUUGCUGUAAUACAUUGCAAUGUUCUGGACUAAUUUUAGGCACUUUUUGUGGCUCAAAUGGAAUCAAGAGUCAAAGCUUCACACCAGUGUUUUAAGGAUUAAUUCUAGGACAUUGGCCAUGUUACAACCCUUGUUUUAAAAAAUAGCCUGUGCUCUUUGUUUUUCUUACAGGUAGUAAAGAGUUUAUCGAGGCCAGAAAAAGGGCCUUGAAACGGUUUCUGACACUUGUUGUACGACAUCCCGUGCUUUGUGAAGACAGAAUUGUAAACUUUUUUCUCACAGUGAAGGGCUCUGUAAGUAAUCUUGACUUAUUUCUAAGAAAAAUUUGAUUGUUUUGUUUUUGUCUUUUUUACUGUAAAACAGUUUACUAAGAAAACUGUGAACCUAAAAUGCUUCUCUCUAAUCAUUGCCUCUUCUUGGGACAGAAUGAGUUUAACUAGUGACAAGUCUAGUGAAAAGAACAGGAUUGAAGAAAGUAUAUUUAAAAGUACUCUAAGCCUUUUUUUGUCUAGUUCUAAAACUAGCUGAAAAUUUCUCUUGUGUUAAAUUGCCAAAAACCAAAAAAAACUGUGUAUUUGCACUAAAAGGGUAAGCAAGUUAAAUAAUAAUGGAAACUUUAUUUGUGUUUUUGGAUGUACAAUUGUAAAUCUCACUACGUAUAGGCAAUUUACAAAUGCUGCUUGAGAUUGGAUUAUUCCAAAAAAAAAACAAAACAAAACAAAAAAAAGCAAAACAAAGGAAAGAAAUCAAAAUUGCAUUAGGUCUGGGCUAUCCCAGUUCCUAUUUCUACAACAAAAGAUGUAAUAUUUUGCUCUAAUGGCUAUAUUUAUCAUUUUCUUGAUUAUAUAAAGUUGCUGCUUUUUGUCAAUGCCAAUGUCAUUCACAGGGUUUUCAAUAGUUUUUGAAGUAGGAGUUGCGUUUAUUUGAGUAGGAGUUGCAAGGCCCGGAGGGCCUUGCUCUCUAGGGGGGUCUGGGGGCAUGCCCCCCCAGGAAAUUUUGAAUUUCUAGACUCUUGGAGAUGCAUUUUCCCGCAUUUUGAGACGCAGAACUAGCAAAUUUUAGAUAUCGAAAAUACUGAUAAAUUUUGAUGCUUUUAGUAACUUUAACCACAAUAUUAGGAUACGCUUUAACCACAAUCAGGGUUUUUAUGUGGCAUAUUGUUUUAAGUUAAUAUUGAAUGUUAAGAUUUGGAUUUUAAGCCUUUAGUAUGUUAGUCAUUGUAUAGGAAUUUAUUGUACCUGAUGAUUUUUACCGUGUAUAAAUAAUGAUUAAAGAUUAGAUUAAAGAUUAAAGAUAAGUACAUAAUUUGGGUUGAAAAAAGUAAAAGUGGUUAAGAAACAGCGAAGGUAAUUGAAUUUUCAAUAACCAACAAAAGCUACAUGUGUAUACUUUGUUCAUGUAGACCCAUGUACUUGGAUAGCUGUUUGUCCAGUCUAGACAGCAGCAUUUUUUCUGGGCCUUCUCUUGAUGCCUGGAAAAGGCUGAAAAACAUACUAAAGCUAUACACGAACUGUUUUAAACUCAAACAAAAUUUACAAUUUUGAAUAUCCUUAUUACUUAUCGAUCACAAACACCGUUCAGUCCUACUUCAUCAUUUAAUUGAAGUGAAAUAUGGUAGUAUCUACAAGUCAAAACAUGGAGAUUCUUUGUCAUCUGAGAAAAAGACUUUUAGUCAGAAAAGUCCUCACUAUCAUCGUCAUCAUCCUCCCAUCCACUGUCAUGUGCUUCACUGUCGUCCGAUUCGCCAUGCUCUUCAUCUAGGCAGAAGACUUUUGCUACCACUGCCACCACUUCUUCUUGUUCUUUCUCCUCAAUUUGAACUAUUUCCUCUUCCGUUUGCGUACCGGCAUCUGCUUGGGUAAUCUUCGGGAAAACAUUACAUUAUUACCUGCAGCAUCCUUUUUCUUUUUCCUGUUUGUCACUGUCAGCGACCACAUCUCCCGUAAACCACGCUGUCGCUUUUCUGCCAUUUUGCCGUGUUCUUGGAGACGAAAUGUGGCGUUUUCUAUAGAGUGGCUUCAGAAACCGCUAACUACAAUGUUCCCUGUAACUGAGACCCAGUCUUCGACUCGUCCUCAACGUUUACUCAACGUAUUACGCAGAGAACGUAUUUUAAAAGCAGACUCAAGCGAUGUUUUGGCGAAAUUCUCCAGAAACAUUUCAAGUUUGCUUGCUCGCAACAGCUUUGUGAACACUUACCACUUUUUAUCAAAACUUUUAUUUAUCAUAUAAUUUACCUAAGGGAAAGUAGGCGUCGCAAAUCAAAAAGUUGCCGUCGGAUGCGACGGCCGACGGCUGAUUUUGAAAACACUGAUUCAUCAUGUCUAAGAACGUGGAGCAUUCAUCGGAGAAAGUGCCAAGAGAGCUCAUGGAGAGAUUUACAAAUCUCACACAUCUGUAAUUUCUACUCAUUUCAUUGAUCAAGUUGAGAUAUUUUUCUUUCUUACACACUGCAUUGUUGUUAAGGUCAGACUCGAAACCAAGUGUUAAUUCUAGAACAUAUAGGCACCUGGACUGGAUUAGGAAAAGAAGAUCUGGACGAUAAUUAAUAAUAAUAAUAAUAAUAAUAAUAAUAAUAAUAAUAAUAAUAAUAAUAAUAAUAAUAAUACAGUGAAACCUGUGUUAAGCGGACACUGUAUUAAGCGGACACCCUCUAUUAAGCGGACAGUAGCCGAAGUCCCCAAAUUUAUUUCCCUUAUUUUCUUUAAAUGAAACCUUUAUUAAGCGGACGCGGACACCUAAAAAGUACCUGAAAUGGUCACUUCUAUUGUUGCCAACCUAACGGACACUGGUAGUUAAAUUCUACCACCCAUUAUGCCAGACACCGGAAAUGUGAAAGAUUGCCUCGAAUUGCCACCCACAAAUUUUUCGAUUUUUACAUUAAAAAACGUGACUUGACGAACUUAUUUGAUUAUUUUCUCAGUACAGUACUGUUUUCUAUUUCGUUUUGUUUGUAUAGAGCUUGUUUCACUCAUCUGAUUUCCUCAAGAUUUGAGUUGCAAUCUAUGUUUAUGGUACUAUGAUCAAAUUGGUCCCCUUUGGUAAAGAAAUUAAUGCAAACGUAUAUCGUCAUAGUCUCUGGGACUAUUCUAAAUGUGUCCAUUGUUUAUUUGAAUGGCAUUUGACACUUCAUAUAACGUUAUCUAUCGAAACCUGUAUUAGGUGGACACCCUGUAUUAGGCGGACACCCUGUAUUAAGCGGACACUACAGCAUUCCCCAAGGGUGUCCGCUUAAUACAGGUUUCACUGUAAUAAUAAUAUAGAAUAUUUAUAUAGCAUCAGUAUCCUUUUAGUUGGCAGUUUGUUUUAAAACAAACACUUUAAAAUGAUAUUUAUUUAAUAAAUGAUGUCAAUCUGUGUUUUGUUUCUGAAGGAUAUUGGUCAGAAGAUGAAGGAUCAGUUUAAAUCAAUGCCUGAUGAAUUUAUGUCAAGUCCUCUCGCCUCCAAAGCUAAGGUAGAUUUUGUGAAAGUGGAGUUGUUGGCAUUGAAAUGUUUAGACCCUAACCACAACGUAACAAAACACAGUUGAAAACCUCAUCUAUAAAAAGUUACUAAUCAUUGAGUUAAAAAGGUAAGGUUAAGGGUUUCAAAAAUAUCAUUUAAACUGUUCACACCUAAACCACUUGUAACUUUCUGUGUGGAAUGUUCUUCCUUACACCACAUCAGUUUUAUGGUCAUUGAUAACUCACUUAAGGUAACAAACAGGGAUUUCAAUAAGUACCAAACGACCGACGAAAUGCGUCAGCUACUUUGCUCAGAGAAGUCGGUUACUUUUUCCGCAAAAGAAGAAGCAACUAUAAUGUUUUGAUAAUGUCAUAAACAAAAAAUAUAUCUUAACAUCUCAUGAAAAUGCAAUUAUGAUGUGUUUUCUAAAUCACAAAGAACCACUGGAUUUAUGGUAUGCUUUAGUUAGUUGGUUAUGUCAAUGCUGUAUUUCAGUCAAUUUUUCACACCUUAUUACAUAGAUUUACCCAGGAUUUCCUCAUGUGCAAAUGUAUGUCAUUGAAUUAUCGCCAUCUGUUUUAAUUGUUUGAAGGAGUUGAUUGUGUGGCUGAUAAAUCAAAACUUGAAUAAAAGCUACAUUUUCUUGAACGAAAAUACACUCUAUUGUUUAGCACGCUGGAAAUAAUAUUUUAGGGCUCGGAAAAUAAACAUUUUCUGGAUGAACAUGCCCCCAGACCUGCCAGAAAAGGGGGACUAAUGGCCCUUUGUUAAUACUGUCGGUUACUCUAAUCAAACCUGCUGGCUACUUCAGUUUUUAUUGAAACCCCUGAACAAAUCAGUCAAUUAGUUCCGAUAAAAACACUCUAAAAAAUGUUGUAAUAUUUACUAGAAAACUUGAGUGAAAAUCUUGUACCACUUUGUCAGGUCCACUUAUUCCACCCAAAUGUCCGCAAAGAAAUGACACGGUAAUAAAUCCCUAGCAAAAGAAGAGUCAUCAUGUGCAAAAUAAAUCUUCAAGAGAUGUUUUCACAUUGACAGGAACUAGUUCCCAUGGAUACACAAGCCAGCUUUCAAAGCAGUCGACUGCAGAUUCAGGCUAUUCACAACAGCGUAGAAAAGCUGAAAGAAGUAGCUGACAGGAUGACAGCUAGAGUCCUAGGUUAGUUGUUUGCUGCAUUUUCUACGAUAAGGUGUAGAAUUAUUAAUUUGUGAAAAUUUGAGAGCAAAGUGAUGACUUCAACAUUACAUACAUACUUUUUACGUACAUACUUUAUUGUUACCUCCCCAAAGGGGUUUUUCAGGAACAAUGAUUAUAUUACAUUAUUUAUAGUAACUAAUUACAACACUUAACCUAAUGCUAAUAGUUUUAUUACAAUGUUAGCUAAUUACUAAUUACAAUGUUUUUAAACUUAACUAGGAAGUAUUUACAAAAUUAUCUAAAAGCUGGCUCCUUAAGGAACGUUUAAGAAUAUUUACAGAUGGGCUUAAGUUAAGAAAAGAUUCUAAUUGUUCCAAAGAUUAACAGUCCAACAUUGACCAAUUUGAUUUUUUGAAUUAUGUUUAGCAGCUUUAAAUAAGUGUAAAAUGAAUUUCAUAAAGUCAGAUGAUUUGACUAGAGAAAGUUUGUUCACUGUUAUUUUUGUUAAUUGACAGCCUUUUCCUCUGACAUGCUUCAGUUUGCCAAGGAGCUUACGUGAGUAAUAAAAUAUUUGUCACAUGUAUUAAUUUUAUGAAUGUAAUUAGAGCGGCAAAUAACAAUGGAUGGAUAAUCAGACAAUAACUGAGUCAUAUCUGGUCUAGUCCCACAAAAUCCUAAUGCAGUCAGACAUGAUGACUAGUCAGAUCAUUAAAUUGCCAAUGAAUAUAGUCAACUCUCUCAAUGGAUGCCUCAAUAAGAUGGACACCUUGGUAAAACAGACACACCCCUUCUUUCUUUACUCCUCUUAUUUGACUCUUUAUAAGACAGACACUUAUUGCUGGUCCCAGAGGUUUCCAUCUUAGAGUUGACUGUGCUUCAUUUAUUAUUUUUGAAACUGGUGGUACUUAGAAAUAAUUCCAUUUGACUUAAGCAUGACCAACAACUCUUCUGGUUUGUGUGACAAAAAAUGGCAACUUAGUCAGACAAAUGUCCUCUCUGAAAAGAAAAUUAUUUGUAGGCCUGAUCCUUUUUUUUAAGUUGACUUUCCCCAAGCAACCUGUACUUCUUUCUUCCUUAUGACUUUCCAUUAACUUGUUGGUGUAAGUGGAUUCAGUUUUCUGUCAAGUAAUAAUGUUGUAUUUAAAGUCGGUAAGUUUUGUAAACCAUUGUUAACCAGUAAGACACUUACUUACCUGUCCCACCCAUCGCCCUUUAUAAGAUGGGACUGGCACCAUCUAUCUUUGAGAGAUGCCCUUCCUUUAAAAAGUCAUUGAAAAUGUCUGAACAGCUGCAGGGAUCAACUCUGGAUACCUGUUAGAGAUUAUUGACUGUAGUUUGAUGAUAUUUUGCAUUGUUGGAUGAGAAUGCUGAGCAUGAUAAUAUAUCAAAAUUAUGUUCCAGUUCACUAAGGCAGCUAGUAGAUAUCCUUCAAAUUGUCAAUUUUUUUUUCGUUUCAUCUUGCUACAUUUUUGAGACAGUAGCUAGUUCAGCUAUUUUGCCUUCUUGGAAGGUGUGAAAACUGCCAAAAUUCAGAUGCAUGUUCAGAGUUUUUGUUUUGCUUAUUUUAACCUGUGGCUUUUUUAUUCUCUUCUUUCCAUUGUUGUGGCAGUUGCUUGAGCUUGAAAGUUUUUUUACCACGUAAAACAAUUCUCAAUAGGUGACAAUUUUGCUGAGAAAACUGUUGAUUUGUUAUAAAAUGAGCAAUGAAAACAAUGUCCGCAGGUACCCACAGAGAGGCUCUUCAUUUGAGUCCCCUUAUUUUCAGGGCCAUGAGCAAUGAGUCACACCCUACAACAGUAUGGGCAAGUGGUAAUGACAACACUUGGGGUACACUCAAGCACGGCUUCACUGGUAUCACGUCUUACUAUUCCAAGCUUUCAGAGAAAGGAGGGAGUUGGGUAUGUGUUAAAAUGAUUUGUAUUCGCAGGACAUUACCACCUACAUUGUAAUGGUGGACCUCUGUAACCUUUUGCAAAAUAUCAUUCAUUCAUGUUUAACACACUGCAGGACACUUUCAAGUUUAAUCACGGUUGCGAGCAUGAUGUUAGUGAAAAGCGAAACACUCUCAAGCUGUGAACUAAAUACAUUUCUAAUGUUGUCUAAUACUAAUAAAAAUAAUAAUAAUAAUAAUUAUAAUUAUUAUAUUUAUUAUUAUUAUUAUUAUUAGUAUUAUUAUUAUUAUUAUUAUUAUUAUUAUUAUUAUUAUUAUUAUUAUUAUUAUUAUUAUUAUUAUUGUCUUUUGCUUGUCUGUCACAAAAUAAUGACUUCUUUUACACCCAUGUCAAAUAAAGAACUAUUUUAUACUUAUACUUAGUUUGGUGAGCUGGAUAAAAUCCCAGAUGAAAUGUUUGAAGAAUAGUAGAGGAUAAAAAGUGCUCAUUUUUUAAAAAUUGUAGUCACACAAUUCCUUUUGAUAGGUGGAAUUUUUAGCCCUUAGGCUACUAAGCUCUAAAUAUACUCUUAAGUCCUGUUUUUUUCUGUUUUGUCCACAGUUUAAAAGAGAAGACACUGGUGCAGUUGAAUAUUUAGCCCUUCUGUUAGACCUGACCUCCAGCUACAGGGUAAUCAUAAUGGCAGAAAUAUUACUUAAAAGCUCUGUCUGAGUUCUUUAUCUGUUUUCUCGUUUCAAAGAAAAAAAAUGUUCUAAUGAGGCUCUUAACUGUAGUUCAUAAAAAAUAAAAAUGAAAUCCGAGCUUUUGCCAAUCAAUGCCAUCAUCAGGGAUCUGUUGAUCAGCGAAAGCUCAGAUAUCAUUUAUUUUUUAAUUUUUAAGAACAGCAGUUAAAGGCCUUAUCAUAUAUAAUAAUAAUUAUCUUAAUUUCGAAUGUGCUGCUGAAGGAGAAUAUGAACAAAUUAUUAUCUUAUUUGUCGUAUAACUGCUUAAUAUCACAGCAAGGUUAUAGAAAGUCAUUAAAUAUUUAUUUUUCGUGGCAUGUCUGUAAAGUAGCUAAUUAGCUAAGAAUAUUGACCGCAUUAAAAUUAAUAAAGGUUAUUGUAUUGUAUUAUAAGUGUUAACCCAUUUGCCCCUGAACCGCCCGUAACCGCCUGAGCAGAUCCACGUCCUUUCUACCCCUUGUGACGUCAUCACUUUUAACGGUCAAGAACAACUUUGUCCGCUAACUUGUGCAGAGUGAAGAGAUCUUUCAAACCAUACCAGAAUGAGCACAAUUCAGUCAAGGACACCGGAGAAAAAGGCAAAAAACCAUGUAAGAUUGACUUGAAAAUCUGCAUCAAAAUCUUGUUCCAUUGCCCACCUACCUUUCCUUUCACCUAAUCCUAAGAUCCUAAAAGCUUUCCUGGAAACUCUUCCCACCAAAAUGAAACCUACUAAAUGCCCAGCAAGAGAAAAAAAAAUGAGGCAAGAAAAGUGAAAAAAGAGGGGAGGAGAGAAAGCAAAAAGUAAAAGUCAAGACUGCUGUGUCACUUUUAAACCCAAAAACUCGAAAUUUUGCUUUCUGCUCGCGCAUCCCCGAAAUUCGCAAGCUGAUAUUUUGCAUCUGGGUCAGAAGGUGGUGAAGUGCCCGACAUGUAAACGGGUUUGUGGUAAGUUUUAGCUCUUAAUAGCAUGACAGUGACCAGAAAACCACUUGACUAGCUUCAAAACGCGUUUUUCGGCAAAAUCUCCAGGAGUGAAUGGGUUAAAGUGCAGAGCUUGAAAAAUUAUCUGGUGUGCAAUCUCAUUAUUGUAACAACAUCUGGAAUGGAACAUGGUGAUGAUAUUAUUUUCUUUUGACUGACAUUUUUAGGAGCUCUGUGAAAGACAUGAAAAAGGAGUGUUAAAAGACCAUCAAAACUCUCUUCAGAAAAUGCAGCAAAUUAAGAAACGUCAGAUUGCAGCUCAGGCAAAAGGGCAGGAGGACCAGGUUGAUCAGCUGGAAUCAAAAAUAGUUGAACAGGAAACUGACAUAAGUAAUAUGGAAAACAGGAACUAUUUUUCGCUGCACUGUCUUCAGUUGGAGACACAGUUGGUACAUGCAAACUUGAAGAUGUUAGCGAUUGUCUUGCAGAAGAUGGUGGCCUCACAAGUCAUAGGACACAAAGAGGUAGGUGUUAUUUUUGAAUCUCUCUGUUACUCUGUGACCAGGAAAACCGUGAACACUUGAAAUAUCUCAGGAAUGUUUAUUAUGUUAUGACCAGUCAUAGUGAGCGAAGAUCAAGACACCCGAACUGGCGACAAAACCACAAACUAAUUAAUGUUCUUGCUUGUGGUUUAGUUUUCUCACUCCUGAUCGGCUUUUUUCUUGCAGCAAAAUAACAUUCCAGAAAUAUUUCUGGUGUUCAUGGUUUUCCUGGUUUGACUGUGAUCCUGUAUGUCCCAAGAGUGACUGACCAACAUCAAUUUUCUUCUAACAUUGUCAAUACAUAAUCAAGAGAAAAGGUUAGGAGAAUUAAGAAAAUGACAACUUAAGGGAAAAUACUCUGAUCUUUUAACAAAUUCUCUCCUCUAAUUCUGUAAGGAAUAAUAUCAAGAUCAGUUUCGAGAACAAGCGCUUGGAGUUGGUCUGUACCACCUUGCGGUUAUUUUCACAUCCUAUAAAUAAAUACCUCUAUGGAUCGGUGGGUUUGGGUCCUGCCAACCUUCCACUUUUUUCUGAAAAAUUAAUAUGUUUUCAAUUGUCAGUGAAGGCAUUUUUCUAGAGCCUUGCAUGAUUUUUGGACACAUAUGCCCCGCUCAUAGAUUCAACCUAAUAAUAAAGAAAUAGUACAGUUGAAUCUCCAUGUGUGCCCACCUCUCAUAAGAGACCACCUAUCCAAAACACCAAACUUUUCCCAUUCAAAGCCCUACAUGGAAAAUUAGAACCUCUCAUAAACAACCGACUUCUUAUAAGUGAUCACAAUAACUUUUUUGACUGAUGGAUUGUACAGUUUUCCAUUGUUUUUAAACUAACCAGUUGACACAUGAUGUGGUCUCUUUGUUUGCUGUAUGUACUACGCCACUCCGAGUAUAGGAAGAUCUUUCAUGACAGCAUGGAACUACAUGUAAACAUACUAUAACUUAGAAAUAGCUGGCAGUAAAUUUUCUGUCAAAAAGUAGACGUGUUAUGACUUCUUUGUGGAAGACACCCGCUUUGGUGCGAUUCUCGCAAGUAACCACCUCACUUAAGUGACCAUCAAUGAGUGGUAGGCAUAAUUUUGACAAAGUGAACAGCAGAUUUGGUUUGUUUCUCUCUCAACUGAUGGAAAUCGUCUUCUCUCUCCUUACCUGCCUUAGGUUGGUGAAAUUUGGAAUGAUCUUGAGCCACAUGUAAAUGGUUUAAUUCCUGGCAGUUCUCCGUAUUCAUCUCCUCCUGGAUCCCCUCCAUUGAAGUAAUGUUCAAGCCAGGCUUAGGGUUGUUGCUAGGAUAUGGCAACACAAAGUUUAGUUACAGCCCUGUAUCUUAUCAAUACUAAGUAACCCUAUUUUUACCACCAUCACUGUCAAUAAAAACUAACGAAAAACAAACAAACAAACAAAAAAUAAUAGAGUAUAAAGUAAAUGUGACUUGGAUGUGUAUAUAAAAUGUAAAAUGUUGCCCAGCUGGGAAAACCCAGGAUGGGAAAUUCUGACAACCCCCGGUCAACAGUCUACCCCAAACAGCAGUCUCCGUCUAAUUCACUUCACUAAAACAACAAUGAGAAUAAGAAGAAACCAAACAAAUAAUGUCGUUUUUCUUAGUUUCACAUGCAUGCAAUAGAGGUUUUCUUCAAAGUAGCACCAUUUUGAAAAUUUGAUCAUGACAAUGUUUGAGAUUGGGCAUGAAAUUUCAGUUGUCACUAAGGCUGUAUGUAAACCUGUGAGGAAUUGUAAUAGUCAGGGACAGCUUAGACUGUUCACAGCCCCCUUUUUCUUACUGAUAUGGGAGGCCAUCUUGGUUUCACAUGUAGUGAGGAGGCAGGUGUCACCACCUAAGUAGAUUUGACACUCAUCUAAGAUAGCUACCCAUAAUGCAAAGUCUUCGAUCUUGUGGAUCAUUCAGAAAAAUCGGGACUUUGAACUGUCUAAGGACAGGUUGCUUUCAAAGGCAUGGUAAAAUGGGCAACAAAAAACAUGCAACCUGUUUUGCAACAAAUCAGGUUGUUAACAGGUUUGAGUUCUUAGUGGGUUUACCUUGGUGUUAGAACCUGUGAACGUUUUCUUUGUUUCAAACCUUUUGUUCGCCCAGGCUCUAUUGUUUUGACUUUUUUUUUGUUACCUUUGUGUUAUGUGUCUCAUGACUUUUACAAGUUCUUACACCAAGGAUGAGCCCUCUCAGUCCAGUGUAGACUGCAAUACGGUUAAACCCCAAAAUAAGUUUCUCAAGGGUAGGGUAAGAUUCGCAUGGGAAGCCUAAAUGCUGACCUUUUAUUUGACUGCUUAUGUGUUCUUGACCUGAUCAAGAACACAGGCAGAGUUGCAGUCUAGGCCCUGUUUGACUCCAAAAGCAGAUAGGGUAAGGUUAAGUUACAUAGUCUCCUGGUGACUGUGGUUUAAAAAUAAUUUUUUGAUAUUUUGGAAAGCAUGUGAAGAGUUUUUACAUAAUUUACGGUAAAUAUUUUGAUGUUACUUCAAGUCAAAUAAUAAUUGUGUAGAAAGAGU